AUACUAUAUAUAAACCACACCUUCCUGUAAUUUUCUCUCUGUCACUUGAGUUUGUAUAUUUAAACUAGGGUUGUGCGGCACUCGAAAUCCCCAAAUUGUCCCAAAGUCGUGGGUCUCAAAUUCGACGACUCUCGGUGGAGUUCGAAGUAGUUUAUUGGUAAUUGCGGAGGUUUUUGGUGGAUCUGGGAUUUCAGUGGUGGGGGAUUGAGAUUUGGAUGUGGUGAGUGUGUGUGAAGAAACGUUUCGGGCGAAAUCUGAGAAGGGACUGUACUGUGGGCUGGUGAUCUGGAGUUGGUCUCGCUGGGGCAAAUGCGGUUAAGUUUUGCUCUGAAUUCUUGAAAUUUUCAAUUUGAUCUGAAAGAAAAAGCAAGAACAAAGAAUAUGCUGCAAAAUCAGCCAAGGAAGGACCUGAAGGAGAUUGAUUUUUUUACUGAGUAUGGUGACGCAAAUCGAUAUAGAAUUCUUGAAGUUAUUGGGAAGGGAAGCUAUGGAGUUGUUUGUGCAGCAAUUGACACACAUACUGGGGAGAAAGUAGCAAUAAAAAAAAUACAUGAUGUUUUUGAGCACAUCUCUGAUUCUAUACGGAUCCUGCGUGAAAUCAAGUUGCUCAGGCUUUUACGGCAUCCUGAUAUUGUUGAUAUUAAGCGCAUCAUGUUGCCACCGUCAAAGAAGGAGUUUAAAGACAUUUAUGUUAUUUUUGAGCUAAUGGAGUCUGAUCUUCACCAAGUGAUUAAAGCUAAUGAUGACUUGACCCAUGAACACCAUCAGUUUUUCCUUUAUCAGAUGCUACGAGCUUUGAAAUUUAUGCAUACCGCAAAUGUUUAUCACCGAGAUCUUAAGCCGAAGAAUAUAUUGGCGAAUGCAAAUUGCAAACUCAAAGUUUGUGACUUUGGACUAGCAAGAGUUGCAUUUAGUGAUAUGCCAACAACAAUAUUUUGGACGGACUAUGUUGCUACAAGGUGGUAUAGGGCUCCGGAAUUGUGUGGAUCAUUCUUCUCAAAGUAUACACCUGCAAUUGAUAUAUGGAGUAUUGGCUGCAUCUUUGCUGAGAUACUGACGGGGAAGCCCUUAUUUCCUGGUAAAAGUAUUAUUCAUCAAUUAGAUUUGAUCACUGAUCUUCUUGGGACACCUUCACCAGAAACCAUUUCAGUGAUGUGUGUUGAAAAUAUCCAGGUUCGAAAUGAGAAGUCGCGAAAAUAUUUGACAGAAAUGAGAAAAAAGCCUCCUGUGCCCUUUCAACAGAAAUUUCCAAAUGCAGAUCCUCUUGCACUUCGCUUAUUGCAGAGGCUGUUAGCAUUUGAUCCAAAGGAUCGGCCAACUGCUGAGGAGGCGUUGGCUGAUCCUUACUUUAACGGGCUUGCCAAAGUUGAGAGAGAACCUUCUGCUCAGCCAAUCUCAAAGUUGGAGUUUGAGUUUGAGAGAAGAAGGGUGAUAAAGGACGACAUCAGAGAACUAAUAUACCGAGAGAUACUAGAAUACCAUCCUCAGCUGCUCAAAGACUACGUGAAUGGAACUGAAGGCACAAAUUUCCUAUAUCCUAGUGGUAUAUGUCAGUUCAGAAAGCAGUUUGCACAUCUCGAGGAAAAUGGUGGUAAAAGUUCACCAGUUUAUCCAUUAGAGAGGAAGCAUGUCUCUCUCCCACGGUCCACUGUUCACUCAAAUACAAUUCCUCCUAGUACACAGAAAAAUUUGACUCCGUAUCAGAACCGGAAAAUUGCAGAGCAGGCUUCAACGAAUUUUAGGUCAAUGGAUGCGACUUCUGGAAAUCCAUCUAAAGUUUCACGGCCUCCACCAAGGGUUCCAACAGCAAAACCUGGUAGAGUUGUGGGACCAGUACUACCUUAUGAGGAUUUGAGAAGUAUAAAAGAUGAAUAUGGUUCAAGGAUGUAUGAUAGAAUUGCAGUUCCUACUCCUCAGGCAGUAACUGCACAGUGGUUUCUCAAGACUCAGACGGUGAAUCGAGAGAAAUCUGGGUUAGAGGAAGAGAGGGAUUUGUCACAGGCCAAACCCCAACAAUGCAACGCUACAGCCAAACCGGCCUCGGGCAUGGCAAUGGAUGCCAACGCUAAUCCAUAUAUCCAAUCGCAAGCCAAGGGAGACCAGUUGAACGAACGAAUUACCAUCGAUGCAAAACUGCUGCAUGCACAGUCACAAUUUGGUGCAGCUGGUGCUGCAGCUGUAGCUGUAGCUGCUCACAGGAAUGCAGGAGCGGUUAAGUAUGGACUAUCUUAAGUGGGGUCUUGGGAAUCCUCCUGGAGUGUGGGUGGGCAACAAAUCCAUCCUGGGAUUUGGAGAUGGAAGGUGGGGAUAGUUAGGAUCUCUUCCCGGAAAGAGGAGGGUUUUUUUCUAGGUUUUAUCCACUUGGUACUUGUUUUUGAUCAUGUAAAUGUCAUUAUACAUAUCUCUCAUUCUUGAAGUUGGUAAUAAAAAAAAAAAAAAAAAAAGGUAUUUCUUGACACGUCAGAGAUCAAGUACUUGUGGUGUCCAUUGUUGGUUACUAAUUUUAUGAAAUUUCCAGGAAACGAGAAAAGCUCUGGCGGGAUGGAUCAUUAUUUUCUCUCUGGGAUCGCUUUUUAUUUACUGAACUAUAUAUAACAUUAAUUAAUGUGAAGUUGAACUCGUAAACCGCCAAUUGGGUUCAUUCGGCAACGUCAUUACUUCUCCUUCUUGUAGUAGUAGUAGUACGUAUGGCUUACACCGACUUUCGCUUAUACGACAUUCGACUUGUAUAAAAAGGCUCCACACCCAGACCCAGUAGAGUGAAAAGGAGAAAGAGAGAUUUCUUUUGUUUCGAAUUCCUUCUACCCUCUGCUUCUACGUUGUGUUCCCGGCCUGUUUGUCCGAGUCUUUGGAGAAGAAGAUGAAGGCGCUCCUAGGCUGUCUCUGGAAAAAGAAACAUGCUUCAGAGCCCAACGCCAAGCCAAGUGCAACCACUUGCUGGUCAGUUCAACGAGAGAAAAAGAAAAAGGAAAAGGGUCCAAGUGCCAAGACCAAGACCAAGACCAAGACCAAGGCCAAGACCAAGAGAACCCAAGAUUCUGGCACGGUUGUCGUCUUUGCAGGGGCAGGCUGCGGCGGCGGUUGUGGUGGUGGUUGUGGAGCUUAAUCAAACCUUCCUUUAUUUUUUAUUUUUAUUUUUUAAAAUGCAUCUUUGUCAGUGUAUCGCUUUGUGGAACUCACUAAAUUUCGUGUGGUUCUAUUUUGAUUUUUGAAUAAAAUACUUUUCAUCGA